GCUGUCGGCGCAGUAGCAGCGAGCAGCAGCGUCCGCGCGCUCCAGCGGGGGGCAGAGGAGCAUCAGGGAGCGCCGGGCGGCGGGCACCGGAGCCGAGCGCGCAGCGACCCCGACCCCCGCCUGCCCCAGCCGCCGCGCAGCGCCGCGGCCAUGGCACACCAGCUCCUGUGCUGCGAGGCGGAGUCCAUCCGCCGGGCGUACCCCGAUGGCAACCUCCUGAACGACCGGGUGCUGCGGGCCAUGCUCAAGGCGGAGGAGACCUGCGCGCCGUCGGUGUCCUACUUCAAGUGCGUGCAGAAGGAGAUCCUGCCGUCCAUGCGGAAGAUCGUGGCCACCUGGAUGCUGGAGGUGCGGGGCUCCGGGCGCUCUCCAGACUCCGCGCAGCUCGUUGCCCAAACCCACAUUUCUUUGCCACGCUUCUCGCUCGCCUCGCCCCCGCCCCGACUUCCCAAUGUGCUGGGAUAUCGCUGGGAACCGGUUUGCAAACUGUGCCGACAGUGGCUGCCCCGUCCCUCUCUUUAUGCUUGCUCACCCCCUUUUCUGCAGCAAAUGGAGCUGCUCCUGGUGAACAAGCUCAAGUGGAACCUGGCGGCCAUGACCUCCCAUGAUUUCAUCGAGCACUUCCUCUCCAACAUGCCGGUGGCCGAGGACAACAAACAGAUCAUCCGCAAACACGCGCAGACCUUCGUCGCCCUGUGUGCCACAGACGUGAAGUUCAUCUCCCACCCGCCGUCCAUGGUGGCCGCGGGCAGCGUGGUGGCCGCCGUGCAGGGCCUGCACCUGGGGAGCUCCGGCAGCCUGCUGUCCUGCCACCACCUCACAGGCUUCCUGUCCAAGGUCAUCAAGUGCGACCCGGACUGCCUCCGCGCCUGCCAGGAGCAGAUCGAGGCCCUGCUGGAGGCCAGCCUGCGCCAGGCCCAGCAGAACCUGGACCCCAAGGCGGCCGAGGAGGAGGCGGAGGAGGAGCUGGACCUGGCCUGCACGCCCACCGACGUGCAGGACGUGAACAUCUGAGGGCCGCGGGCCGCCGGUGCUCCGCUGGCCCGGGCCAGGGGCCGGGGGCCGCCGCCUCCCGCCGCCGAGCCUCCUCUGCUCUUCCUCUCUUCUGUCUCUGGCUUAAGCAAAAGAAAAAAGUACCCGAAAAACUCGAGAGAGCGAGAAAGGAUAGUGUUUGCGUGACCCUGAGC